AAAUGAAAAAGCAAUUUUAUAUUAUAUAAAAUUGCUAUAUGCAUAGCAAUUUUAUGGAAAUGAAUAUUUGCAAAAAUAGAAAAGUUUAAAUGUAUUUAUUGCAUUUGUCAUCAAACCAUUUUCUCCAAGCUUGCAGAAAUAUCUCGAGGGGAAUGCUCGGGGAUAUCGACAUAUCUUCUUUACGAUCGUAUCAUCACACAUGUGUAGGGGAUAAUCGGUAUCUUGUUCAGCGAUAAGGAGAGUAAAGAGAAUAGUUACAUUCGUAAAAACAAUUUCAAGAUCGUAUGCAAUAUAACUGACAGUAUCGUUCAGGUACGAUUGUACAGUAACUGCGCCGAAACGGUCGUGCGCACAUCUGAUAAAAUUUUUGUAGUGUCCGACCAAGAUAUACGUCGAUAUUAACUACAACUGAAAGAUGAGAUGGCGACGUUCGUAUUCGCAUUGAAGAGUUGAUGGUUAACCGUAAUAAAUAUAGAUAGAAGAUUACUUGUAGAAAUGCCCUUCUACGAAUCGGCGAGACAAUUCGGCCAAUUAAAUGAGAAGAAGCGUCGAAGAAGAAGCGGCACAUUGCACAUUGUCGCGUGAUUUAUAUAAAGGCAUUUUAAUUAUGUCUUCUUAGUCGCGCGCUGACUGUCCAAUGGACAGUUCGUAGAAUUUGUUUUUUAACUUUCUUGUAUUUCCUCGCAAAAAUGGAUUUUGCUUUGACAAAACUCAUCGUGUUAUAUAAAAUGAAGUGGAAAUUACGUGACUUAUACAAGACAUUUAGUCGCAGAAAAGUGAUAGACAACACUGAAGAAAGUACUUUGGCGAGAGUUUUGUCAACUCUUGAUCUCACAGCUUUAGGAAUUGGCUCUACUUUGGGAGUAGGUGCAUACAUUUUGGCAGGAUCUGUCGCAAAGAAACAUGCUGGACCUGCUGUGGUCAUUUCAUUCGCUAUCGCUGCGGUAGCAUCAAUGUUCGCAGGUCUCUGUUACGCCGAAUUCGGCGCACGAGUACCUCGCGCAGGAUCCGCGUAUAUUUAUAGCUACGUGACAAUAGGCGAGUUUGUAGCAUUUCUUAUGGGUUGGACCUUGAUUUUGGAGUAUGUGAUUGGCUCGGCUAGUGUGGUACGUGCUCUCAGCACGUACGUCGAUGUACUCUUCAAUGACAGCAUGAAAAAUUUCUUUGAAUCGGUGAUGCCUAUCAAUGUUGAUAGUUUAUCAUCAUAUCCGGAUUUUUUUGCGCUUGGCGUUACUCUGAUUUUCUCAGUCGCUCUUGCUUUCGGAGCCAAGGAAUCUUCGAUGGUGAAUAAUAUAUUCACUUUGGUGAAUCUGUCUGUUGUACUUUUUGUCAUAAUUGCUGGUUCCUUGAAAGCUGACAUUAAUAACUGGAAAACGGAACCCAGUUGCACCGAAACAGACUGCGAGAACGGAGAAGGGGGAUUUAUGCCUUAUGGUAUAUCAGGCAUUAUAACAGGUGCGGCUGCAUGUUUUUAUGGAUUCAUCGGUUUCGAUUGCGUGGCCACCACGGGAGAAGAAGCUAAGAAUCCACAACGAUCCAUUCCUAUUGCAAUCGUCGCGUCACUAACGAUCGUCUUUCUUGCAUACUUCGGUGUUUCCGUAGUGCUGACUACCGUACUACCGUACUAUGAACAAAAUCCCGAGGCACCAUUCCCGCAUAUAUUUGACGUUAUAGGAUGGGAAUGGGCCAAGUGGUUCGUGACGAUCGGAGCGAUUAGCGGACUAUGCGCUAGUCUGUUAGGUUCGAUGUUUCCGCUGCCGCGAGUGAUUUAUGCCAUGGCUUCAGAUGGACUGGUCUUCAAAUGGAUGGGCAACAUAAAUUCCCGAUUCCAAACUCCUAUUAUGGGCACGCUUUCCGCUGGGCUACUUACAGGCAUUCUAGCAACGAUAUUUGAACUUGAUCCACUAGUUAAAAUGAUGAGUAUCUGUACGCUCCUUACAUAUUCAAUUGUUGCAUCUUGCGUACUUAUUCUACGAUAUGCAGAAAGCGAAGCAUACGAGAAGAAAGGCGACCAUAAUCCAAGGACUUUUGUAUUUAUCGUAAAACAAUUGAUAAGUGCAAACAAAUUAAAUCAUUCUACGAAACUCACAGCGCAGAUUGUUACUGUCCUAGUAUGCUGCUAUAUUCUUCUUUGUAUCUGUACUGCCAUAUUAUUAUCGAUGUAUACGACAGAGAUCGCCGCAGGAAAAAUCGCUUUCAUAGUGUUACUCGCAAUUUUCGUCAUUGGACUCGUGAUCACUCUCAGUUUUAUUUAUUUUCAACCAGUCUCCGACAAGAAACUCGCGUUUUCGGUGCCGUUUGUGCCGUUUUUGCCAGGAUUUAGUAUUCUCAUUAAUAUUUAUCUUAUGAUGACGUUGGAUAAAGACACAUGGAUAUUAUUCUCCAUAUGGAUAGCAAUUGGCUUGGGCGUAUAUUUCUUAUAUGGUAUGUGGCACAGUCAUAUUCGACAAAAGAAAUGCUCAACCAGUAAUGACAAAGGUGUUGACUUUUCCCAUAUUACAUAAUAAAAUGAAACACUAUAAUAAUGUCCUGGAUUAGUUUAAUUUAU